AUGACGGCUCAGGUUGAGGCGAGACCUUAUGCGUGGCCGAUGGAUGGGGCGUUUAAUCCGAGGACGACAGCGUUGGUGAUUAUUGAUAUGCAGAAAGAUUUCUGUUCCCCCGGCGGCUACCUCUCUUCUCAAGGCUACUCCCUCGCCCCAAUCCUCUCCCUCAUCCCCCGCCUAACCCACCUCCUCGCAACCUUCCGCACCCACUCCUUCCCCAUCUACCACACGCGCGAAGGCCACCGACCCGACCUCUCCACGCUCUCCCCGCGCGAAGCCUCCCGCUCCAAACUCACCUCCGGCCUCGGGAUCGGCGACCCCGGGCCCCUCGGCCGUCUCCUCAUCCGCGGCGAAGUCGGCCACGACAUCAUCCCCGAACUCUACCCCCUCCCCUCCGAACCCAUCGUCGAUAAACCCGGACGCAGCGCGUUCGCGCACACGGACUUCGAGCUGAUGUUGAGGAUCAAGGGGAUCAAAAAUUUGGUUGUGUGUGGCGUGACGACGGAUGUUUGUGUGGGGAGUACGGUGAGGGAGGGGAAUGAUCGCGGGUUUGAUUGUGUGGUUGUGGGGGAUGCGUGUGCGGCUAGUGAGGGGUUUUUACAUGAUGCUGCUCUCGAGAGUGUGGUUGCGGAAGGUGGGAUCUUUGGCGCGGUGGCUACGAUGGAAAGUAUCCUGAAAGCGUUGGGGGAGGAGAUGCCGGAGCAUUUGAAGGAGAAGUAA